AUGGAUGGUGAGGCAACGAUUAACGUAGCAACGAUUGGUCAGGCAGCCGCGGUGGAUUUUGCUGCAGCUGUUCGUGUCAAUGGUGGGGAGCAGCCAAGGGUUCCAUCCUAUUCGCCAGGGUGAGCCGAGGCUGCGUCGUCCAAAUACGGUUGUAUUGCAUACAAACCAUUUGGAAGGUUUGCCGUAAAGGAUGUUAUUCAAGCAAUUGUUAAUGUUGUUGGCGUGGAUGUUGUUAAAGCUGUGCAGUCAAUGCCCUAUGGUCGAUAUAGUGUCACAUCUCGUACUAAUGAAGCUAAACUGACUUUCUUAUCUCAGCCUUUUAACAUUAAGGAUGUGGAAAUUGAAGUGCAGCCGAUUGAGAACCCAAUUGUGGAGGCGAAAGUGUUCUAUGUUCCUAUUGAAGUGCCCAAAUAAAGUUGUUGCGGAGUUUCUUGGUAAUCAUGGGAAAGUGGAGACGAUAACACGCGAAAUGACGACGGAGUAUGGCUUCCCCACGAUUGAAACGGGAACAAAAGUCGCCAAGAUGACUGACAUUAAAACCGAUAUCCCACAAAAGUCAAGAAUUGGACACUUCCCGGUGGAAAUAAAACAUAAAGGUCAACUCCCUCAAUGUUUUCGUUGCCGUUUAUUGGGCCAUCUUGAGAAUGAGUGUCUGAAUGAUGUAGUUUGUUUUAAGUGUGGUUUAUCUGGACAUACUCGUGAUAAGUGUUUCAAAUGUUUUCGCUGUGGCAAGUUUGGUCACGCCCGAGAGAACUUCCCUGAGUUGCAGCACCCACGCGGACCGGAUGGCAGUACGUGGACAGAGGUACGGAAAAAACCUAAACCUAAGUGA